AUACAAAGACAAGAACAAUACUAGUAAAUGGCAAAUGGUAAAGGCGGAUACGUCUAAGCAGCUCUGUUUUAUCGGACCCAAUUCAACAAAUCCAAAGAAGACUAUAAAAGACUGAAUCUUUUUGGGUCUGGGACCUGACCCGACAUUCCUUCUGCCUUUAGCCUCCAACAAAGACUCUUCAGCUCCUUAUUAUUUCUUCUGUUUAAUUGUAUGGAUCUUACUUGAUCGGAAGUUUAAAGAAGACUAAAACUUAAGUCAAAUUUUGCGAGGUGUAUGUGUGCAGUAGUGAUCAGCAGGAUGUGAGAAUUUCUCAACCGCAAAAUGCUUCCAUUGAAUAAGUUCCUAAAGAUACCCAAGAAUGGUUCAUGAAACUGAUUUAGUUGCUAUUGGAGUCUCUGCUGGUCUGGCCCUCGGUAUCUUGAUAGCUGCACUGCUAUUUUUUGGCAUAAGGUGGUACAAAAAUCGUGCUAAUCUCCGUCGAUGUGCAAAUGAGCGCAGUCUUACAACUCUUCCAAUACGUACAAAUGGCUUAGGAACAAGCACUGACUUUAGUGAAUCACUUGCUCAUUCCAUAAACAUUCAAGUAUCUGAAAAAUCUGAGAAAAGUUCUCAGUUUUCCUGGUGGAAUCAUCACAGUAAAGAGCGAUUUACAUCUGCAUCAGGCAUACUUAGAUAUUCUUAUAAGGAUAUUCAGAAAGCUACCCAUAAUUUUACAACUAUUGUGGGAGAAGGUUCUUUUGGUCCUGUGUAUAAAGCUGAGAUGCCUUGUGGAGUGGCGGCUGUUAAGGUGCUUGCUUCUAACUCAAAACAAGGAGAGAAGGAGUUUCAGACAGAGGUGUCUCUACUGGGAAGGCUGCAUCACCGUAAUCUUGUGAAUCUGUUAGGAUAUUGUGUUGAUAAAGGACAGCACAUGUUGAUCUAUGAGUUCAUGAGUAAUGGGAGCCUGGCCAAUUUACUAUAUAGUGAAGAAGAAAUAUUUUUGGGAUGGAAAGAAAGGGUUGAAAUUGCACUAGAUAUUUCACAUGGAAUUGAAUAUCUUCAUGAAGGGGCGGUCCCUCCUGUCAUACAUCGUGAUUUAAAGUCGGCUAAUAUAUUAUUGGACCAAUCAAUGAGAGCUAAGGUUGCAGAUUUUGGACUUUCAAAGGAAGAGUCAUAUGAUGGCCGGAACUCCGGUCUGAAAGGUACAUAUGGAUACAUAGACCCGGUGUACAUAUCAACAAACAAGUUCACCAUGAAGAGUGACAUCUACAGUUUUGGUAUUAUCAUUUUUGAACUCAUUACCGCCAUUCAUCCUCAGCAAAACCUUAUGGAAUACAUUAAUCUUGCUGCUAUGAGUUCGGAUGGCGUCGAUGAAAUAUUAGAUAAAAAAUUGGUUGGAGACUGCAACAUUGAAGAAGUAAGGGAACUAGCUGCCAUUGCCCACAAAUGCUUACAAAAAUUGCAAAGAAAGCGGCCGACCAUCGGAGAAGUAUCUCAGGCUAUACUAAAGAUAAAACAAAGGCACAUCGAUAAGGAGGAUACAAUGUCUUUUGGCAGCGGAGCUUUCUCACGAGUCGUAAGCAGAAUAGAGGAUCAGCAGGUGGAGUUGAGCAAAAUGGCCAGCAUAAAAGAACACAACUGAAUGAAAAGAAAAUCUAUCUGCUUUUAACAUAUUUUUUGCCGCCUUUAUUUUAUUUUUUGUGUCCAUAAUCUUCAAAAGUUGAUUCUAAAGAUAGAAUAUAUACCCAACAGAAUAGGCAAACAAAAUGAUGUGUUUCUUGUGGAAAAAGUAAUUGAAGUUCAUGAGUUCCUGUGUAGUAUAAAUUUCAGAUACACAAAUGGUUUCAUUUCCAUCUA